AUGGAUAAAUUAUUUCAUUAUGAAAUACAUCACAUCCCCGCAAAGUUUAGACCUGGUGAGGUUGUAGGCGCUGGUAGUUUUGGUCGUGUUGUUUUACUAGAAGAUCCUGCACAUCCUGAGAGAAAAGAUUUUGUCAUCAAAGAAAUUCUCUUGGAAGAGAGCAAACAAAACGCUGACAGGCUACGCGUCGAGGUCGCCAUCUUGAGUGCACUUCAUCACCAACACAUCGUGCAGUUCUACGGCUGUAAGUUUGAGAAUAAAUCAGUCUUGAUAUUUUUGCCGUACAUGCAGAAGGGCUCAUUAAAAGAUUACAUAGAAGAGAAAAAGAAGGAAAUAGAAGAGAAAUGUGUAGAACACAUGGAUGCUACUACUGGAGAACCAAAGAAAAAAUUAGCAAAGAAUUGUACAGUGAAAUUUGUUGAGGAAAAUGGCGUUCUAAGUGAAGAAACAACGUCACUGUUUACUUAUCAAAUUUUAAAAGGCUUAAUUUAUCUCCAUGAUAACUUAAUCAUACAUAGGGAUAUUAAAGGUGCUAAUAUUUUGUUGGACCAAGACUUAAAAAUAAAGCUGGCAGAUUUUGGAAUUUCUAAAAUUCUGAGAAACCAAACAACCAACACAUCAGAGAUGGGGACAGUCAAAUGGAUGGCGCCUGAGAUAAUUAAUGAGAAACCUUAUGAUUUUAAAGUCGACAUAUGGAGUGUAGGGGCUACAGUGGUAGAGAUGGUCACUGGGUCCCCACCUUUUCCUGACCAGCAACCAACCAGGGUCAUCAUACACAUGUUUUGUGACAUUCCUCGACACAAACACACAACCAUGGAGGCAGAGUUGGAAUACUAUGAACAGGGCAAAGCAUUUAACAGGACAGAAGAAGAAGUAGAAGCAUCUGUAAAGAGUAAAUUAGGAAACAGGAUAGUAAGAAAUGUCAAGAACAAAAGCGGAGUUAGUGAUAGAAUUAGUGAAACUGAAAGUACAGCAAAUAGAUAA